AUGGCGUCCCCUAGUUCCCCGGAACAAUCAUCCCAAGACCCCAAAGCCGGCACUGCUUUGACUCCGUACGCUACACCUAGCCAGCAUCUCCCGGGCGAUUUGGCAUCAGCACAGCCUCGGACCGCUGCAGAGGCCGCCCGAUUUACUGUCCCAUCCGACCUUGCUGCGUACUUGGCAGGAGGCUGCUCCUUGAGGCUUAAUGACUCCUGGAUCUCAGGAAAGAACGGAGAAAACAUAAAGAAUCGGGAGAGCAAACUGGGGCAAAGAAUCUGUAACUUGUCCCCUUUUCUCUGCAGAUUCUUUUUAAAAUUUUUCCUGAAGUGCAAUCAGAAUUGUUUGAAAACAGCGGGAAACCCCAGGGACAUGCGACGCUUCCAGGUGGUGUUAUCAACAACCGUGAAUGUGGAUGGACAUGUGCUGGCUGUUUCUGACAACAUGUUUGUUCAUAACAAUUCUAAGCAUGGGCGGAGAGCAAGGAGGCUGGACCCGUCUGAAGCUACACCCUGCAUUAAAGCUAUCAGCCCGAGUGAAGGUUGGACCACCGGCGGGGCCAUGGUGAUCAUCAUCGGGGACAAUUUCUUUGAUGGACUCCAAGUUGUAUUUGGGACCAUGCUCGUGUGGAGUGAGCUCAUAACACCUCAUGCCAUCAGAGUCCAGACUCCCCCUCGGCACAUCCCUGGAGUGGUGGAAGUGACAUUAUCAUAUAAGUCUAAACAGUUCUGCAAAGGUGCCCCAGGAAGGUUCAUUUACACAGCAUUAAAUGAACCUACCAUAGACUAUGGCUUCCAGAGAUUACAGAAAGUCAUCCCGAGGCAUCCUGGAGAUCCAGAAAGACUAGCUAAGGAAAUGCUGUUGAAGAGAGCGGCUGAUUUAGUGGAAGCCCUUUAUGGAACACCGCACAAUAACCAGGACAUCAUUCUGAAGCGAGCUGCUGACAUUGCUGAGGCCCUUUAUAGUGUCCCGAGGAAUCCCAGCCAGAUCCCAGCUCUGUCCAGCUCUCCAGCUCACAGUGGCAUGAUGGGUAUCAACUCCUACGGCAGCCAGCUAGGUGUCAGCAUCUCAGAGUCCACACAAGGAAACAACCAAGGUUACAUCCGGAACACAAGCAGCAUCUCUCCUCGUGGGUACUCCUCCAGUUCCACCCCCCAGCAGUCGAACUACAGCACGUCCAGCAACAGCAUGAACGGCUACAGCAACGUGCCCAUGGCCAACCUGGGCGUGCCAGGGUCCCCAGGCUUCUUAAACGGCUCCCCCACAGGAUCCCCUUAUGGAAUAAUGUCUUCAAGUCCUACAGUUGGCUCUUCCAGUGCAUCCUCCAUCCUCCCAUUUUCGUCUUCCGUCUUCCCAGCUGUCAAACAGAAGAGUGCCUUUGCUCCUGUCAUUAGACCCCAAGGCUCCCCUUCUCCUGCCUGCUCUAGUGGAAAUGGAAAUGGAUUCAGAGCCAUGACCGGCCUCGUCGUUCCCCCCAAUGUAAAGAGAAGGAAGAGUUGCGUCUUGGAAAACACAACUACUUCAAGUGAUGGACCACUAAUAUGGAAAGCACUAACUGCUUUUGGAGGGCUGUCCUGCCCCCCGAAGGAACACUCUGUAUGGAUUUGGAUAUGCAAGGAGCCUGCAUCUUACCUGGUCUCAUGUCUCCCCUGUAGCCGAGAAAUCGGCUGCCCAAACUCCAACCCCACUCGUGGACAAGGACAGAUACCGUCAUUGGCAUGCAUGGUCAGUACUAAGGACAGAAAUGUGGUUCUUUCUUUAUGGACUUGAUGAAAACCACCUUCCUACGUUUGUAAAAUAUUUAAGAAAAAAAUUGGCAAACAAUUCAAGCUUGAUAUUUUGGAUACUAUUUGUUUUUCUUUGUAGGAAAAAAAAAGUUGAAAGUUUCUAUUUUCUAUGAAGCCUUUCAGAUACCAAUUUAGUUUAUGCAGAAAAAAAUUUGAACGAAACAGGGUACCCGCAUGGAAGACUUUCUUAAAACAAAACCUGAAUCGAAUGACGAUGAUAUGUUGUUGUAUGUGUGUUUGCUUAUAGUUUAAUCUCUUUAAAAAACAAAAAACACAAAAAAAGGAAAAAUUUUAAAAUGUUUUACAAUUAUUUAAAUAAAUAAAUGUGUAACUUAUUGUAAGUAGAGGUAGAAAUUAAGACCUUUUUGGAAAGGAGGGGCAUUUUCUCCUCCUCUUGUACAAUGAAAAUGAUGCAAAACUGUAGUUCCAAGAUAAAAAGAAAAUAAGAUGUGUGAUUGUUACCACUGCUAUUUCCUGGAUGCCCACUCCUGUCCUCUCCACAUCCCCUCCCCCGUUCCAUCCUUGCAUAGAUCCGUAUGCAAGGACUGCGGUAGCCCACCUGUGUUCUUUCAGAACCGUACAACAUUCCAAGAAAAGCCAAGCACAAAUCCAGAAAUACAGAAAAGCAGUAGGGCUGGUCCAGCUAAGUCUGCUUUCCAAAAAGCCUGCAUGUCCCUUUGAGUCUUUGCUUCCUAUCACAAUUUUCCUGGGGUAGCUAUUUUUGACAUUCCCUGCCAAAGGCCACCUAGGAUUCUUGCACUUUGUUACGGUCCAAACCCCAUCCAGUUUUUCAAGGGCAGGAACAACAGGGAAAUCUUCUUGCCUGAGAGAGGAUCCAAAAUGGAUAAAACCUCUUCAGUGCAGGACCAUGUUGGGGUCCAGUUUCCAGAUCACUAGCAACUGUAACUUCAGUCCCCUUAGGUGAUCCCUCUGGUGAGUCUCCUCUGUCUGCUCUGGUUGGCCAUCAGAGCUCAUGGGCAAUGAUUAAUUGUUCUCCUUCCCUGAUGGGUGGAAGGUGCCUGAGUGCCCAUCUCUCAGGAAUUCUAUCUUUCUUUUCCCCUCUCACACUUUCCCAUUCAGAGGAUCACAGUAUCCAGAGCUGGAGGGUUCUCAGAGGUCAGCUAGUCCAUUUUACAUCAAGAGGUUCAUAAAUCAUAGAUCUAGAGCCGGAAGAGGAAACUGAGGCAUAGAGAAAUACAUAUGUUUAUAGAUCUAAAGGUAGAAGAGACCAUAUACUCUAACCCCUUCAGUUUGUAGUUGAGGCACAGAGAGGUUCAUGGAUUGAGAGAUCUGUUAUUUGACAAGCAUUUCUUAACCAUCUCCUAUCUCUCGGGGGACCUCGGAGACCCCCUUGUACAAUCCUAUCAUUUUACACAUUUUGUUUAUAAACUGAGGCACAGGGAGGCUCAUAGGGUUAUAGAUUUAGACCUGCAAAGGACCCCGAAAGACAUCUAGUUUAAUCCUGCCAUUUUACAGAUAAGGAAACUGAGACUCGGAGUAGUGACGAGACUUGCUCAGCCUCACCCAAGGACUUUCUAUACAGCUUCAGGGAUUCUAGAGUGCUCCGCAGACCUUUUCUCAUUUGAGUAAGCAGAGUCAGAAUUCAAACCCAAGCUUAUGGACUUCAAAUCCAAUGUUCUUUGCAACCCACCACUUGCCGUGGCAUUAAACUCACUGGGUAGAAAAUGAACAAUUCAGAGGUUCUACUCCCAUUCCUCAAACCCCCUCCCCAGUGGAGAAGGGAGGGGAACAUUUUAAAACCCAAGUAGUAUGGGGUUCGAAAGGAUGAAUAUUGGCAGCUUCAAAGAAUCAUUGAGGAGUGCAGUUUCCUAACCGCUCAGCUAUUUGUCCACUGUUCUCCGUGGAUGAUUAGCUCUCUUUUUAGGAGAGGCCUGACGCUGUUGCUAAGAAGUUGAGUCUGAAUGAAGCUGUAACUCAAAAGCUAGUGACUCUUACUACCUGCUUGACCUUACCUGGGAUGCCAACCCAGGUGGUGUUUCCUCCUCUGUGCUGCCUAGCUUCCUCAUUCACUCCCUGGCACCACUAGAGAGUGCCUACAGAACUCAUUUAGAGGAUACUCAGCUGGGGUCUGGAUGAUAUUAGUUCUUUCCUGUCCCAAUGGAGAAACACACUUAAAUUGAGUGCAUUUAGUCUGAAUUAGGGUAAUAUUUUUUUUUUAAAUCAAUUCCUCAUUCCUUUUCCUAGUCUACAUUUUCAUAUCCCCCCCAAUCCAAUCCCAUUUCACUCUUUCCCCUUAGCUCCAUACUGGAAAUACUACCCCCACCCCCACCAACCCAAAUGGGAUUUUUAUGCACCAUGAAAAUUCAAGGUUUUUCAUAGUUGGCAUGCCUGGAAGUGCUGUUGACAGUAACACGCUUUGAAGAACCAAGUUGCAAAGAAACACACCCGAAAAAAGUCCCCUGAUGCAAAACGUUUUAGAGAGGAGGAGGGAUAUCAACAGAGUUGUCCAAAAAUGAAGGCAGAACAAAAAUGAAGCACGUCUGGACCUGGAUUUGAGCCAAUCUGACAUAAGGGGAAAAAAAAUUUAAGUAGCUUUGCUUUAGAAUCUGUGAAUUUCGCUCUUGCAUGAAGAUGAGUGCAGUGCUGUCUUCAAAUGAUUGUAGAACUUGGUGGUAGAUUUACACCAGGAAAAAAAAAAUGUGUGUAAUGAAAUAUCCAGAAACCCUUGAUCACUCAUCUAGGACCUUGGCCGCAACAGGAAUAUUUAAAUGUACAAAUUGGUGUGUAAGGAUUUUGUAGUGUAAUAAACGAAAGCAACUCUCUCCUUUCUAGUCCUUGCUGUUAAAUACUCCUGAUCCCAGAUUCGUUUGUGCCACUUGGAAUACAAGUAUUUCUAUAGGAGAAGACAGAUUUUAUCAUAGCUUUGUAAGAGGAACUGUGUGGGGUUGUGUUUUUUUUUUUUAUUAAAGGGACAUUUUAUUUCAUUAUUUAUCUCAUUUUCAUUAUAGCAUCUUAAAUUCUCACUUUUUUUCUUUGCACAUUUCAAUAUGCAUGGUUUCAAAACCGUCCUCCUGCUUCCCUUUUGUAAAGUCUCAUCUCCCAAAUUCUAUCAUUCGUUGGGUUGUUUUGCUUUGUCAAUUAUAUACAGUAUAAAGUUGCUAUGCACAGAGCUUUUUGUAAAGAUUGCUUUUUUUUUUUGGUUUUGUAUUUUGUUGUUUUUUUUUUGUUUACUGUUUUUAAUGGUCUUACUUAUGGAAGAAUAUCUUGUUUGUAAAAUGAAUAUGUCUACU